AUGAACUAGAAUUUAGUUUAUUAGGAUUCCUUACACUAUAAAGAUUAAGAUAUUGUAAUCGAUCUUGGUGAUUCAAAUCAGCAUAAUUUUUAUAUAUCUCUUUCCAAUUCAUACCAAAAUUCUAAUCACACAUCCCCAGAGUGUGACUUUGAUUAUAAUUAUUAAGAUGAACUUUUAAGUUCAUCUAAAAUUGUCAAGAAACAAUAAGCAUUUGAAAAUUUUUCAAAGUCUAAAUCGCUUUAUUAGUAAAACUAAAAUAUAUAAAUCACUUUAUUUGAUAAUAAUUAUAGUAAGGCAUUGGGUAAGUUAGAAAAAAAUCGAAAGUCAGUUCAUUUCAAUUUAGAGAACAAUAAAAUAUAAUUAAUUACUAAUUUUGAUACUGAUUAUUAUAUGAGCUUCGAAGAGAGAAAAGCAUUAUAUCAGCCUUUUUCUAUCCAUAAAUAAAAAAUAUUUUUAGAAGAUGAAGAUCUUUUUGAUGAUGAGGAUGAUGAAUAAUUUAUGUUGUUGCAAAAUAAUUCCAUUAAAGUAAUAGUUGUAAGAGACAAAACUCUGAAGGGAAUUUUGAAAUAAAAUAAUCUUAAAGUGGAACCAUUAACAACAAACGAAUAUUUAGUGAUGAAUAUUACACAAUAAAAUUUUCCCAUUUCAUAAGAAACAACAGUGACUAAAAGAGAAAAAUUAUUAUUAGAGAAGAAAAUAGAAGACCAUCAAUAUGGUAUAGGUCUUAAAUUCUUAAAAAAAUAUGGAUUUGAAUGUGGGUCUGGUUUAGGCUUGAAGAAAUAAGGUAUUUUAGAACCAGUUUAAACAUAAAAAUAAACCAAUUUUUCACAAAAUUUAGAAAAAAAAAACAAUUUUUUGUAAAAUAUUGAUUGUACAAACAGAAAAAAAAGAAAAAUAGAGUUGAUUGCGCUUUCUGAUGAUGAAUAAGAAUAUUGUUAAAGUGCCAAUCAAGUAAAAUUACCUUAGAUAUAGUAGAAAAGUGGUUGA